AUGCCGGCCGGAGCAGCCAGUUCCGUGGCGCGGCUGCGGCCCUUCUGCAUGCCGGUGCUGCUGCAGGUGGCUCUCAGCUCGCUCAUCCCCCUCGCCUUCCCCGAUGUCUGGCGCACUCUCCGCUUCUGGGACCGCCUUAUGCCCAUCUACAUGGGGUACAUGAAAACGAAGCUGGCGGUGCGCAAGAAGCCCAUUGAGGUUCGCCACGAGAAGUGGGCUGUGCGCCACGAGUGGGGCGGCAAGCUAGUGCACGACCUGGUGCUGCGUCUCAGCGGCCUCUACGUCAAGUCUGCACAGAUCCUUGCCUCCAAAUCGCACUCACAGCUAUGCCAACCCCGCCCCCUUCCCGCAUCCCCCAUGCUGUCCCCCCUGGUGGUGCCUUCCUCCCCCCCCCCCUCUGCCCCUCAGGACUUCAUGCCAGCAGCGUGGGUGCGGCGCCUCUCAGCCCUAUUCGACAACGUGCCCCCCCGCCCCUACUCGCAAGUCAUCCGCUCCAUCCAAUGCGAGCUCGCCAUCUGUCCUCCCCCUGCUGCUGUCCCUACUGCCCUCCCUGCUGCUGCCGAUGGUGACGCUGUCGCUCCCUCCGUUCCUGCUGCCUCUGCUGCUGCUGUUGCGAAUGGUGAAGCCCCUUUCGUCAAGCCCGCUACAGCCGACAUUCCACCCAGUCAAAGCAAGUCAACGCAGGUCAAGCGCCGCGCACUGCUGGUAGCAGACGUGUUUGAGAGCAUAGACGAGGAGUCCCUCGCCUCUGCCUCCAUAGCCCAGGCGCAUGCAGCUGUGCUCCUGCACCCGCUCCCUGAGAACCACCCCACUGACCCCACCAAGGUGCUGCCUAUCCUGCCGCACCUCACGAGUAAAGAGAGGGACGCCCUUGGGAUUGCCGCGGAGUGCACUGAGCCAAUCGGAGUCAUGACUGCGGAUGGAACCAUCAAACCCAUCUCCCCUGCCGGCCCUGCCCUACCUUCGCCUUCUGCUGCUGGAGGAGUAGGAGCAGCAGCAAGUGGAGCAGCAGGAGCAGCCAUGCUGAAGCGGCCUAUUCCUCCCCGGUUGGCAAAUGACAGGACAGAAGAGGGCGAGCAAGAGGAGGAGGGCGAGGAGGAACAGUUUUUCGAUGGUGAGGGAGGGGAGAGCAGCGAGAGUGGGGACGAGAGGGACGAUUUCUUUGACGCGCAUUCCGAGGCCCAUGAACUCGGCGCUGACGUGGCGAACAGCAGCCACGUGGCAGCGUGUGAGGGACGGGAGGGAGGGGUCACGGGAGCAGCAGAGGGGGGGACCGGUGAAGAGGGAGGUAACGAGGAGGAGAAUGAGAGGGAGCGGGAGAGGGAGAGGCAGCGGGGCAGGGCGGUGGUGGUGAAGGUGCAGCAUCUGGGCAUGGAUAUCAUCAUGCGCUCCGACCUCAGAAACAUAGGGCGUGUGGCUGAGUUCCUCUCGCCCCAGCUGCCCUUCGAUCUCCGCAAUAUAGUGAAGGAGAUACAGCAGACCAUUCCCAACGAGUUCAACUUCCAGAGAGAGGCCGCCUUCAUGACCACCGUGCGCCACAACCUCGCCUGCCGGGGCUUCCACCAAGUCGUCUGCCCCACGCCCGUCUUGGAUCUCUGCACGCGCCGCAUGAUCGUCAUGGAGAGGCUCUACGGCACUCCAUUCACCAAGAUAAUCGACUCUCUACACCCCUACAAGGAUUCCUCCCUCCUCCCUCCUCCUCUUGCCGCCACUCGCCUAGAAGCAAUCUCAGCCGUCCGUUCCCUCCUCGAAUCCUACGGUGCCAUGUUCUUCCUGGACGGCGUUUUCCAUGCCGACCCGCACCCGGGAAACCUUUUGCUGCUGCCCGGCGCCAAGCUCGGGCUGCUGGACUUCGGGCAGUCGAAGGUUUUGGAGCGGCAGACGAAACGUUCAUUUGCCCGGAUGGUUGUAGCCUUGUGUAAGGGUAACCAGCUGGAAAUCGCCCUAGCUCUGUUAGGAACAGGAAUAUCGUUUGGGGGAGAGGCUGAUUGGACUACUUUCUUCUCUAAACCAGGGGAGGAGUCAACAGGGGGGAGAGCAGCAGGAGGGGCAGAGGAGGUUGGUAAGGGCGGAAAGGGGGGCGGCGAGGCAGUGAAAGUAGAGCCAAUGAUGAAUGGACACGUGUCAGAGAGUGCUCAAUGUAACGGCCUGGCAACAGUCCAUAGUGUGGCUGCUGCUGCUGCUGCUGCUGCUGCUCCUGCUCCUGCAGGGCUGGGCCUUGGUUCUGUGCUGCAUGGGGUGGAAGGGGGAACGGUGUCUGCUGCAGUGCUGGCUGCUGUGGUGGCCUUCACAGAAAACGCCCCUCCUGAUGACGCCCCUGCUGCUCCCACCACCACUGCUGCUGCUCCUGCUGCUGUUGCUGGUGUGAGUGAGAAGGGAGGGGAGGAGAGCAGUAGCAGCAAGGCAGGUGCGGGGAGGGGAGAAUCUGACGGGGAGUCAGUGCUGGCGACGCUGCUCAAGGAGGUGGGACCGGCCGGGCUGCUGGCAGCAGCAACGCCGCAGCGGCUGCAGACGGUGCAGACGCUGUCGUACCUCAUGUUUGACACGCGCCCCAUGGCUGAGGCCCAGACGUCACCCCUUGCUCAGGAGUCUGUGCUUCAGAAGGCGCCGCUCAAGGCGUUCAACCAAUCGUACUGGCUGGUGAGUGGUGGGGGGAAGAGGGGAAGGGUUGGGGGAUACAGAGGCUGCAGACGCGCCGCUGAAGGCUUUCAACCAGUCCUACUGGCUGGUGAGUGGGUUGGGGCAAGGGAAGAAAUGGUAAGAGUUCGAUACGGGCUGAUCUGGCUGGUAGGUAGGUGUGGGACUAGUGAUGGGGAAGGUGGGGGGAAGAGGGGGAUACAGGGGCUGCAGACGGUGCAGACGCUGUCGUACAUCAUGUUUGACCGGGAGAGCCCAUAUUGCUCCGGCGCCCUGAAAACUUUUGAGGCGCCUCAAAAGUCGUGA